AUGCGUGAAUACAAAAUAGUCGUGUUAGGUAGCGGGGGCGUGGGAAAGUCCGCCCUGACAGUACAAUUUGUACAAGGCAUCUUUGUGGAGAAAUACGACCCCACCAUCGAGGACAGCUAUCGAAAACAAGUGGAAGUUGAUGGACAACAAUGUAUGCUCGAAAUCCUUGACACUGCCGGCACUGAACAAUUUACUGCAAUGAGAGACUUGUAUAUGAAGAACGGACAAGGUUUCGUGUUAGUGUAUUCUAUAACCGCACAAUCGACAUUCAACGAUCUACAAGAUUUAAGGGAGCAGAUAUUGCGGGUGAAGGACACGAACGAUGUCCCCAUGGUCCUGGUGGGCAACAAGUGUGACCUGGAUGCGGAGCGCGUGGUUGGUAAGCAGCAGGGUGCCAACCUCGCAAAUCAUUUCAAUUGCGUCUUCAUGGAGACCUCUGCCAAGGCUAAAAUCAGUGUGAAUGAAGUGUUCUACGAUCUAGUGCGACAAAUCAAUAAAAAGUCUCCCAAAGAGGUAAACAAACCAAGAAGCAGAAAGCACAUAUGUCGUCUGCUGUAA